UACAAGAACUGAUGGGAAAGUGGGAGAGAAUAGUUGAAAGCUUAGAUUAAGAAGAAAAUGGCGUGGAGAGCAAAUCUAUCUCGUAAUCUGAAGGAGCUUCGCAUCCUCUUUUCUCCAUCCUCUGCUCAAAGUGCUGCCACGAGGUCGUUUAUUGAGAAAAACUACAGAGAUCUCAAAACCCAUAACCCCAAAUUGCCCAUUUUGAUUCGUGAGGCCAAUUCCAUUGAGCCUCAGCUUUGGGCCAGAUAUGACCUCGGAGUUGAAAGAGGCAUCCGACUGGAGGGCUUGACAGAGGAGCAGAUCUCAAAGGCACUUGAGGACCUCGUGAAAGUAGGGGCAUCCCUUAAAUCUUGAUGACUUUAAAACUGUAAAAUAGUCCGACUAUCCACAGCAUAGUGCUUUUGAAAUAAUUUUAGUUGACUCGUCAUUGUGAGUCAAUUAUAAUAUGCAUUUACAUUUACCAACCUUGUCAUCGUUGCUGUUCAAACUCCAAAAAUCAUAAUAUGCAUAAACAUGCAGCUUCAGAUAUUUGGAUUUUGUAUACUUUGGUUUUGCUAUUUGGAAAGCCAAUAUUUGAAUUCUCUGCUAUUAACAUUAGAAGUUUAAUGUCA